UUCACCUACACGACGUGUCGUUCACCAACCGCGACUAAUCUUCACAAAUUACACGGCAUCGUUUGACUCGACCGAUUCUUUCUUUUGUUUUUGGAACGAGACUCGACAGAUAAAAAAUGCCGUUUGCUGCACUCGACAGGUAUGGCGUUUUAUUUUGAUUUCUUCCACUAGUUUAAGCAACGUUAUUAGCUUUUCCUUAUUUGAGGGCUUAUACGGGAUUAUACUACUGGGUCCUGCUCAUAGUCUUGGUUAGUCGUUGUGUCAGAGAUGUUUUAUUGAAGUGAAUAACGUUAAUGGUUGCUUAUUACUCUACUCUGCCUCCAGUAAUGGGAGAAAUGCUAGGGAAUUCAAUUCCAGUUAAUUUGAGGUCGAAUGGAUUUACUUGUCAAAGUAGCUUGUAUAUGCCAAGUAAUUGUGAAUAUAAGAAUUAUCAUUGUAGCCAGUAUAGUAGUUUGGGUGUGAAAAUGAGUAGAAGUCAGGUUGGACUAUGUGAUGUUAGUGUGGUUUCCAUGUCCAUAAAGGGGUAUACAGGAUUUAGAUGUGUGGAACUGAAGAUACCAUAUUUAAGUUCAAGCUUCGGGUCCACUAAAAUAGCAAAAUUGUUAGCUGUAUCAAAUUUGGUUGCUAGCAAUGAUUAUGGGUUGGUUUCUGAAGAAAAUGAAAAUAAGGAAAUGAUUCAAAGAGGACAUGAAGUUAAUACAGAUUGUUAUGAAGAAUAUGCCCCUCCUUGGGGAAAUUUGAUGCUUUACGGGGAAUUGGAUAUGGAUCCUGAAAGUAUUAUCCAGCCGUCAGUGGCUUCAAGAAAUGAUUCAAGAAAUAAAGUUACCAUUGAUGACACUAGGGUACAUCUUUUAGAGGAAACAGAUGGAGAAGAGUUAUCAAGAAGGAUUUUGAUGCUUAGUAGAUCUAAUAAAGUUAAAAGUGCAAUAGAAUUGUUCAGGUCCAUGGAGUUCUCGGGUAUACGACCCAAUGGACAUGCAUGUAAUUCUCUUAUCUCUUGCCUUUUAAGAAAUAAAAUACUUGAUUAUGCAUUGAGAGUCUUUGGGUUCACGAGGAGAAAUGAGAUCUCAACAGGCCACACGUAUGCCUUAAUUCUAAAAGCAGUAGCAGAUACACAGAGUAUUGAAUCCUCGCUUAAUAUGUUUGCAGAAUUAGGAGGGUUUUCCAGAGAGAAUAAUGAUUUUGAUGUGAUUGUUUAUAACACAAUGAUAUCUGUUUGUGGAAGAUCAAACAAUUGGGUUGAUACAGAGAGAAUAUGGAAAAGCAUGAAAGAAAAGGGCCUUCAUGGGACACAGAUUACUUACUCGCUGUUGGUUAGCAUUUUUGUGCGAUGUGGCCAGAAUGAGCUGGCGCUUGAUGCAUACAAUGAGAUGGAUCAAAAUGGAAUUAAACCAAGAGAUGACACAUUGCAGGCUGUAAUUGGAGCAUGUGCGAAGGAUGGAAAGUGGGAAUUAGCUCUAUGUAUUUUCCAAAAUAUGUUGAAACGUGGGCUGAAGCCAAAUCUUAUCGCAUGUAAUGCAUUGAUGAAUGCACUUGGAAAAGCUGGUGAACUCAAACUUGCAUUUAAGGUCUUUGAAAAAGUUAAAUCUUUGGGUCAUACACCUGAUGCGUACACAUGGAAUGCAUUGCUUAAUGGACUAUACAGGGCAAAUCAAUUUGCUGAUGCUCUUCAGCUUUUUGAGAGCAUAAAAAGGGAAAGAAGCUCUCAAAUUAAUGAACACUUGUAUAACACUGCUUUAAUGUCAUGUCAGAAGCUUGGUUUAUGGGAUAAAGCUCUGCAGCUACUAUGGCAGUUGGAAGCUUCUGAACUGCCGAUCUCAACAACUUCUUAUAAUCUUGUUAUUGGUGCUUGUGAGAUUGCUAGAAAGCCAAAAGUUGCUUUACAAGUCUAUGAGCACAUGGUUCACCAGAAAUGCACUCCAGACACAUUUACUUAUUUGUCAUUGAUAAGAAGUUGCAUUUGGGCAUCUCUUUGGAGUGAUGUGGAAGAAAUUCUAGAUAAAGUUGCACCAGACGUGUCUCUCUACAAUGCUGUCAUUCAUGGUAUGUGUCUAAGAGGCAGAGUUGAAUCAGCUAAGAAGUUGUACAUGAAAAUGCGCAGCAGAGGUCUCAAACCUGAUGGCAAAACACGAGCAAUGAUGCUUCAGAACCUACGAAAAGUUUCGACGAAAUGGAGAAGGUAUUCUCACCCCAGACUGAACAGAUCCCCUUGCCACAAUAGCAGACUUCAAGGAAGAAAAUUCAAUGUAAAUGGAAGAUGAUCAGCUGACAAUUUGUUUAUGUGCAAAUAGCCCAUGUAUAGUAGAAUUACGUGAUUGAUAUGCUUCAUUGUAAAAAUAACCUUCUUAUACAACUUGCACUUUCAUUAUUUACACAAAAUUCUUCUUUCUGUUACUA